CUAUGUCUUUCCGCCACUGCAACUUAUGCGAGCUAUCGGAAAAUGGCUACCAUACUUGACUCGCUCUUGCCCCCGAGUCGACCCACCCUUCCAACUCGCUUCUCAACGCCACUCCCUUCUUCUGCUCCGUGUUUUUGCACUCGCAGAAACCAAUCGGAGUGGAAUGGCAUUGAUUUUAUCAUGUAUCUUCUCAGAAGUUGGUUUACAUCAUCUAAUUGCAUCUGCUGAACCAUCAUCAGUUGGGUUCCUAGAGUACAUAGAUACAUUUGAUGGGUAUUCAUUGAAGUACCCUCAGAACUGGAUUCAAGUUCGAGGUACUGGAGCUGAUAUAUUCUUCAGGGACCCUUAUGUUCUUGAUGAAAAUCUCUCAGUUGAAAUGCCCUCUCCUUCAUCUUCCAGGUAUAAGACGGUUGAAGAUUUGGGUCCUCCCGAAGAAGCUGGAAAGAAAGUACUUGAGCAGUACUUGACAGAGUUCAUGUCGACGAGGCUUGGUGUUCGGCGUGAAUCAAAUACACUUUCAACUUCCUCGAGAGUUACUGAUGAUGGGAAGCUAUAUUAUCGACGUCUGGGGAUGCAUGUAUAAUGUGUGGGAUUAUGGUUUUGGUUAGGUGAACAUAAAGUCGUACGGAAACACCAAUGAACUCGCUGUGAUGCAACAAGACAGAGUACCUAGAUUGGAAUGGAACCGGCGGUACCUUUCGGUUUUUGGAGUUGAGAACAACAGAUUAUAUGAGUUGAGAUUACAAACACCUGAAAGUGUAUUUGUAGAAGAAGAAAAUGAUCUGCUGCAAGUUAUGGAUUCUUUUAGAGUCAACAAGGUGGCUGGCUGAUCAGUUUUUAACUUGAGAAUUCCCCUUCUUUUCAUUUGUUUUCUUGGGCUGAGGUUUUUGUUCCUUUUUCUUUUUUCGUAGGACUACUUUUUGUUUCAGUGAAGCAUACUUAUUUCAAUUUGGGUUAUCAUG